AUGGCUCGCACGCCCUGUCGGCUGCUACUUGCUGCUCUAGCAGCUCUGCUGCUGGAGGCACCGCAGCAGCAGCACAGCAGCAGCUCCCUUUUUGCUGCAGCAGCAGCAGCAGCAGCAGCAGGCGAAGAACAGGGUCAGCCUAUUGAAGCAGCAUAUGAAGAAGACAUUCCUCAAGAUCAAACUGCAGCAGAAGACAGCCCUCGCCGCUAUGAGCCUGAAAACGAAGACAGAGAGCCUGCUGCAGUAGGUGUAUAUACACCUGAAGCUGCACCAGCAGACGCAGACCAGCAGCAGCAGCAGCAGCAAAGCGAACCCAAUAGCUUCCCAGAUGAUGACCCGCAGAACUACUACGAUGACCAUCAAGAACCUGAGCAGCAGCAGCACCACCUGCAGCACCAGCAGCAGCAACAGCAGCAGCAGCAGCAGCCGCAGCCGCAGCCCCAGCCAUACCAUGAAGGGGAGGAGCCCCUUCAUGAGGAAGAUUUUCAGGAUCAGUAUUACAUCCACGGGGGGCAGCCAGAGCAGCAGCAGCAGCAGCAGCAGCAGCAGCAGCAGCAGCAGUAUCCUAUGGAAGAAGAAGCAGAUGAUGAUGAUGAUCAACACAUGCUAAGCUACUCCAGCAACGCAGACCAUCUGCAGCAGCACGAAGGAGUCAGACAGCAGCAGCAGCAAGAUGAAUCCACUUACAUCCACGAAGAAGAGCUGCCAGAGGAAGACAGCAGCAACGUGUAUGGGCAGCAAGAGUCGCAGCAGCAGCAGCAACAGCAACAGCCACAGCAGCCGCAGCAGCAGCCCUCAGCAACCCACGCUGGAGAGGCAGCCACUGCCGAGCCGCAGCAUCAAGAUGAGGAGCUUCUCGCUGCACCGCAUGAGGAGCAGCAUCACCUGCAGCAGGAGCAGCAGGAGCAUGAGCAUGACGAAGCCAGCCCUGCUGCUGCUGCUGCUCCUGCUGCUGCUCCCGCUGCUGCUCCUGCUGCUGCAGCUUCAUCAACAGCUGAGGGUGAGCCCCCCGCUACGUCUCCCCCUGCUCACCAGCUGGGCGAAGAACAACAGCAGCAGCCGCAACCACAACAGCAGCAGCAGCAGCAGCAGCAGAGCCAUGCAGCAGCAGACCCUCGCCAAGGGCAUUGCAGCGCAGACGAGCUUGCUGCUCUUGCUCGUCACUUUGAAGAUGUAAAUGCAUGUCCUGCUUUCGGGUGUAUUGACAGCGAGAGCAACAACUACCUGGAGUUGAUAGAAAAGCAUUAUAAAGAUAAAUAUACUGCAGCAGAAGCAGCAGCAUUUGCAGGGGUCCUUGCUGCAUGUCAUUGCCGAUGCCCCGUCAUGCGCUGCGAGGUUGAUUAUGUAAACAAACACAGCAGCAGCAGCUGCAGAGCAGCAACAAAGACCUUCUGUCUUCAGUCUAACGAUAAAUUUAUUCAGAAAUGUAAUCUUGCUGCUAAACAAAUACCGAAAGUCUACGACAUUGAAGCAGACCCCCACGCAUUUAAAACUCCCUGCACUGUCUGCGAGUCAGCUGCACAAUACACAUAUCCUGCUGCUGCUGCUGCUGCUGCUCGUGCUGCUGCUGUUAGUGCUGCUGCUGCUGCUGCUCGUGCUGUUGUUGCUGCUGCUCGUGCUGCUGCUGUUGCUGAUGAUGGUGCUGCUGAUGUUGCUGAUGAUGGUGCUGGUGCUGUUGCUGAUGCUCGCGCUGCUGCUAAUACUGCUGCUGCUGCUGCUGAUGCUGCUGCUCGUACUGCUGCUCAUGCUGAUGCUGCUGAUGAGGAUGGUGCUUCUGGUUCUGUUCUUGCUGCUUCUUGUCCUGCUGCUCAUGUUGGUGCUGCUGCUGCUGCUCGUGCUCCUGCUUCUGCUCCUGCUGCUGCUUCUCAUGCUACUCGUGAUGCUUUUCAUGUUUCUCUUGCUUCUAAAGCUGCUGGAGUGGCCGCUGCUGGUGCUGCUGUUGCUGCUUCUGCUUCUGCUGCUGCUGCUGCUUCUUUUGCUUGUGCUUGGGCUGUUGCUGCUGCUGCUGAUGGUGCUGCUGCUGCAGCUGCUGUUAUUAUUCUUUAA